AAUAGCCAAUUAAGCACACAUAACAAUCUUAAAGAAAUUAUUUGUUAACUAAAUCGAAUAAAUAACGGUUCUGUUAAGGUAAUACUAAAAAAUGUUAUCCUUUGUUUUCAUUUUAAUAACAAUUUUUCAAACAGUUAUGAACGAAAAAAGUCAGAAUAAUGAAGAAUUGUUAGGGAUGGACACUAAGCAUAUAAAAAUCGACAAAGACACAAUUAUAACGAAAAACAUGAUCGUACAAAAGAAAAAUCGUGUAAAAAGUGUGAACACACACAAUCACGGAAGUGUCGAGCCGGAUUGGUCAUACAGUUCGUUUCCUAAAGAAGUCAAGAGUCACGUUGAGCAGUUUAAAACGAAUAUGUCCGAAUGCCUAAAGGAAGUUCAGAAGAACGAUAAAAGACCAAUAAAACGUCUUUCACCUGCGAAAGAGUCACCUGUACACGGCGAAUGUCUAAUUGCGUGUGUUUUAAAACGUAACGGUGUUAUUGAAAACGGAAAAAUCCACAAAGAUAAUUUACUUUCAUUGGUGCGUAAAUUUUAUGAAAAAGAUGAUAAAUUGAUGAAAAAAUUAGAAAAAAACUUAGAUCGCUGUAUUGAAACAAGCGUAAAGAUUAAAAACGACUGUGCAAUGGCAUCACAUCUAAAUGACUGUACGAAUGACCUCAUGAUGAAUAAUAAACAUAAAAUUAUUGUAAACUAUUAAUUAUAUUAAAAAUAAAAUGUCAAAAUAUGCUUACUGAUAACAAGUAUUAUAAGUAUAAUAAAAAAAAUAAUUAUUUAAUUGAAAGAAUUUUACCUAUAUAUUUAAAAAAAAA